CAAACUGCAAAUAAAGCUCCAGCUCUGGGGUCGGAUUUCCUGCAGGAGAAAAAGGAAAGAAACAAAAAAAAAACAAAAAGAAAGAGGAAACGAAAUUCCACUCCACCCAAGCACUAAAUCCCUCGAACAAAGAGCUCCCAUUUCAAAAAUUCAAAUCCGUCAAAGUCCCACUUCAAGCAGCGGCUGAUCAGUCCUCUUCAGUUCAGUUUUCUUUUUCAGACGCUCUCUCAUGCUCUGAAGAAUCCAAUGUUUUCUGGCUUCUUUCAGAGUUUGAAAGCUGAGUUUUCUUCAAUAUUUGAUUGAUUAGCAUUACAAAUGGUCAUUUCUUCUCCUUCUCUUGCUCAGUUCAAAUCUACUAAACCCACUUCUAAGAUUUUUUUUUCUUUCGAUAAAAAAAAAAUCUCUUGCUCUGUUUUUCAGAGGGUUUUGGGAGGGAGCUUGAGAUUUUUUGGUAGUGGAAUAGUUCCCUCAGAUGGGUUUUUCUUCUCUUUUAUGUGGUUACAUUCUUUUUCUCAUUUCAACUAAAAAAACCUAUUUCCAGUAGGAUCUAAGGUUUUACGUUUAUUAUUAUUAUUUUUAUUUUAGACAACCCCCAUCUAGGAUUUUAGCUGAGAUACGGGGCAAAAGAAUAGCUCUCCAAGUGGCUUUUUUUUUUUUCUAUAUUAUUUUAAAUAAUAUCCACUUGCAAUAGGAUCUAGGAAGACCCCAAGUUCUGUUUUUUUUGAGACAGUUUCUGGGCUUUGAAAAUAUCCUCCUUUGUAUAAAGGGGUUCUUGGGGAGUUAGGCCAGUCCUUAAUACGUUUUUCCUGCUGACGUUAUUCCCAGUUCAUUAAAGAUUUUUAGUUUCAGAGAUAUUUGGGGGUUUUCAAAAACCUUGAGAUUUGAGGAGAUUUGAUGAAUGAAGUUUUAUUGAUGGGAUCUCCCAUUUUCAAAUGAUACCAAAUUAGUUAAAGCUUGGACAGAAGCGAGCUGCAAGGAGAGGUAUGUUUGGUUCCUAUUUGUUCGAUUCCAUUAUAGGCUAGUGGAGUGGAAAAAUCCGUUCGCAAUGAGAGAAGAUAUCCCUUUAGAAAGCCGACCCAAGUUGUGCAAGUUCUCUGAUCAAAAUGUGACUACGAGGGCUAAUGGCAAAAUCAAUACCAAUUCUUCGAAGUUGAAAUCCGGCUCUGCCUGGGGAUCUCAUAUUGUAAAAGGGUUCUCAACGGAAAAGAAAAACAAGCAGCAGUCUAUGAUCCCAAGCAAGAAGCUACCUCUCACUAGCUCAGACAUCUCUAAUCAGAAGAAUGCCUUUAUGCCUCAAUCGCGGGUCAAACGGUCUCUUAUUGGUGAAUUCCCAUGUUCGGCCAAGGCAGCGCAAGUUCAUCCCCAUGCCUUUGAUGGCAAUAGGAUGAAAUCAUCUGGGUCCCGUGAUUUGUUUCUUGAGCUAGACCAUCUGAGGAGCUUACUCCGGGAGUAUAAGGAAAGGGAGUUGAAAUUGCAGGCUGAAUUGCAAGAUUACAAAGACAACCCAAGAAUUUCAGAACUUGAAAGGGAUCUCGAUUUGAAGAGGAGCGAAAAUGAAGAUCUAGUCCGAAGAGUUGGCUUUCUAGAAGAUGAGAAAACAAGCCUUUCUGAGCAGUUGGCUACUUUAUCUUCUGUUAUAGAAUGUACGGAAGAGGCACCGAGGCAAGAAGAGAGUGUUAGUUCAACAUCUGAUCAAGGUGAUGAGUCAAGGACAUCUGCUAUGAGAAAUCUUGAGAUGGAAGUCGUUGAAUUGCGGCGCGUGAACAAGGAGCUCCAGCUUCAUAAGAGAAAUUUAGCUUGCAGGCUUUCUUCUACUGAAUCCCAACUUGCUGCUCUCGCAAAGGUUACCGAGAGUGAUGUGGUCGCAAAGGUAGAAGCCGAGGCAUCAGUUCUAAGACUCACGAAUGAAACUCUUUGCAAGCAAGUUGAGGGUCUUCAAAUGAGCCGGCUAACAGAGGUUGAGGAACUCGUCUACCUGCGGUGGGUCAACUCAUGCCUACGUCAUGAAUUACGCAAUUUGGACCAGCCAUCAACGGACGAUUUGGAAGACACAUUGAGCCCCAAGUCCCGAAAUGCAGCUGGGCUGCAUUCUCCUCGGUAUUUAAACAUUGAACGGAAUACUGAAAGAGACGGCAAUGCUCGACGAUCGGUGGGUGACCCAAGAAUAUCAGUAUCUGCUGAUUUUUCUACUGCAAAGAAAUCAGGCCUGUUGAAGAAGCUAUUGAAAUGGCCUAAGCUGGAUGAAGAUUGUCAAGUUUUGGAACAACAACAUCUCUUAGACAAGGAAUGGUUGCAAACCCAAGAAGAAAAGAGCCCCAGACGUCGGCAUUCGAUCAGUGGAGUGAGGGGCAGCACAGAAGACUUGUUGCCGAGCAGGAGACGACAAUCUGACGGUUUUAUAUGCCCAAAAGAAACAGAGAAUGAAGCAUUUGGCAACGAGAAUGGUCCUGCAGUUAAAGUUUUGCAUCCACUGGUUUCUCCAAAAUAUGAUUUGGGUACCAUCCAGAGUCCAAGAUUCUUUGUUAACAGGCACGAAAGUAAUAAAAUCAUGGCUUUGGAUAUUGAAAAGCGAGCGUUACGGAUUCCUAACCCCCCUCCGAAGCCGUCGAAUUUGGUUUCUGAUGCACCCAAGAAAGAUGGAGCAACGGCAGUUCCACCCCCUCCUCCCCCACCACCACCACCUCCUCCCAAGUUCUCGAUCAGGAGCACAAGCGUAAUGCAGCGGGCCCCACAGGUUGUUGAAUUCUACCAUUCUCUGAUGAAGCGAGACUCGAGAAAAGAUUCUACCGGUGGGGGAGUCUGUGAUGCUGCAGAUGUUGCAAACGUUCGCAGCAGCAUGAUUGGCGAGAUCGAGAACCGCUCUUCUCAUUUGCUUGCUAUAAAAGCAGAUGUUGAGACGCAAGGUGAAUUUGUUAACUCAUUGAUAAGAGAGGUGAAUGGUGCAGUCUAUCAUGACAUUGAGGAUGUUGUAGCAUUUGUGAAAUGGCUUGAUGACGAACUCUGUUUUCUUGUGGAUGAAAGGGCAGUGUUAAAACACUUUGAUUGGCCCGAAAAGAAAGCCGAUACUCUGCGAGAAGCAGCAUUCGCAUAUCGUGAUCUGAAGAAAUUGGAAUCCGAAGUUUCAUACUAUGAGGAUGAUCCACGGCUCCCUUGUGACAUUGCAUUGAAAAAGAUGGUUGCACUGUCUGAGAAGAUGGAGCGAAGUGUAUAUAACAUUCUCCGAACAAGAGAGGGUAUGAUGCGUCACUGCAAAGAGUUUCAAAUUCCAACGGAUUGGAUGCUCGACACUGGGAUUAUUAGCAAGAUAAAAUUUGCAUCAGUUAAGCUGGCGAAGAAAUACAUGAAAAGAGUGGCCAUGGAACUACAAUCUAUGGGAGCAUCAGACAAGGACCCUGCAUUAGAGUAUAUGCUACUUCAAGGUGUUAGAUUCGCUUUCAGAAUACAUCAGUUUGCAGGAGGAUUUGAUGCAGAGACAAUGCAUGCAUUCGAGGAGCUCCGAAAUCUUGCGCACUUCCGAUACAAGAAAUAAAUAGUUAGAGAAGGAAAAAAGAAAAAAGAAAAACAAGCUUACCAUCUCAGUAAGUGUCAGAUUAAGAUAAUUGAGUGAGGUUUUAUGGGUUGCUGAGGUUUUGAUUUUGUCUAUAAAUAUACUUAGUAAUGUCAUUUUGUUAAGUGGAUUACUGAGGUUUUUGAUUUGGCCUUGUGAUUCCACAUGCUGUCACGUGGGCGGAAGUUUAAGCAAUGCAAUAUGCAAGUUGUCCAUUGGGCGGGCCACAUUGUAUAGAUGCCAUGGGUAAAGAGUAAGGCCAGUUUUCGCUCAUCUGGUGAUCAAAUGGAUAGCUAGAAGAAAUCUAGCCACUUUGUUAGGCAUCCACAGUAACACACUAGAUGAGCGGCGGGUCUGAUCUUGAGCCAGAUGGUGGGGCCCAUGUGAUGGACAGCUCAGAUGUCUGAGGGCUGUGUGGGAUUAACAAACUUCUCAUACGUAGUAUUGUAAUUCAGUUGGAGUGGGGUUUGCUAAGGUUUUGGGACAAAAACAUGUAAGUUGAUUGAAAUGUUAUGAUGAGAACUGAGUAAAGUUUUCUUAA